CCCCUCUCUCUCUCUCUAUUAGUACCCACUCUUCCUAUAUAUACCACUAUUUUUUACAGUUUUUUUCUCCCUCUGUACCCUCUUUGUCUUUCUAUGUUCUAGCAGUGUUGUCUCGGCUGUUUCAACCUUGAGAAGCAGAGACAUUCGCAAAAAGUCUCGCCGACAUACCAUAUAUAUGUUGAAGCGGAUUUGAGAGGGAGAGAGCGCUCAGUUAUUUUUUGUUUCUAAUGCAACACGAAUCAGCGACAAUGUCAGGUUGCCGAGUGGACGAUCCUCGUAUCCAUGGCAUCAAGUCUCAAAUCCGGGUUGUCCCUAACUUCCCUAAACAAGGGAUUAUGUUUCAAGACAUCACAACAUUGUUACUCGAUCCUAAAGCCUUCAAAGACACCAUCGAUUUGUUCGUCGAGCGUUACAGAGGCAAAAACAUCUCAGUAGUUGCCGGAAUAGAGGCUCGGGGUUUUAUAUUUGGUCCUCCCAUUGCAUUGGCAAUAGGAGCAAAGUUUGUCCCGCUGAGAAAACCAAGAAAACUACCUGGUAAAGUUUACAAAGAAGAGUAUGUAUUGGAAUAUGGUAGUGAUUGCCUUGAGAUGCACAUCGGAGCAGUGGAACAUGGUGAACGAGCUUUGGUGGUUGAUGAUUUGAUUGCUACUGGUGGCACCCUCUGCGCGGCUAUGAAUUUGCUGGAACGUGCUGGAGCCGAAGUUGUUGAAUGUGCAUGUGUGAUUGAAUUACCAGAUUUAAAGGGACGUGAGCGGUUGAAUGGAAAGCCUCUCUAUAUUCUUGUGGAGUCUCACUAGCACUUGGCAGAUUACGUUAUGACCUCUGUUGCCAUGCUGCAGCACGGCAAACUGUACAUUAGAGGGCUAUUGCAGGCUGUCUCUCAUCUGAAGAUCUUCUUUCAUUUUUCCCUUCCAUUUCUGAGUAGUGGAUUUUGAAACAACUUGAUAAUUGUAAGACCUUUCAUUUCCCCCAUUAGCGUAGGAACAAUGAACUUAUGCAAUCAGUUUGAUGACAAAUGCUUGCAGGGAACAUCUCUUUCUUGCAAGCAUAAAUUGUUAUUACUCUUCUUGAGGAUGUUAUUAUUGAGGCUUCGUUAAUAGCCCAAUGACCAUAUGUUUGUAGAUCACCACGUGCUUUUGCUGCAAAAAAGCUCCAG